AUGGCAAUGUCCAAGAGUUGCCUCUUCCAUAUGGAGGCUGUGGGCCGCUGGGACCAUGGACAUCCCUACAAGUUUUCCUAUGCCCUCAGCUUGACUAUGAUUGUUUUCAUCCUGAAGAUGCUCCUGGCGCCGAUGCACAGCUGCAUGAAAAAGAAGGAGAAGAAGGAGUCCAAAGAGGCGGUGGUCGAUGAUGCAGAAGUAGUGCCCAGUGGCAUGAUGAGCUGUGUGAUGCCUUGGGUGUUGCUUGUGACCUUCACCAUCUUUGAGAUGCUCAUGACAACCUUGAGCUGCUUGGGCUUGCUGUAUGGUGCACCCACCACCAUCUUCGUGGUCUUCAAGAGUUCCAAAGCGGUCUUCAUGGCCCUCAUGUCGGUGGUGAUCUUGGGCCGUCGCCUGAACGUGGCGCAGUGGUGCUCCAUGUUGGUGAUCUCCUUAGCACUGCUUUUGUCGACAGUGGCCGAGGGCAAGGGAGGCAAGAAGGGUAAAGGCCCACACGAGAUGAAUCUGGAAGGGCCUGUGCUUCUGCUCCUCUCUGAGCUUUGCCACGCCAUCAUGCUGAUUUUUCAGGAGAUCGCGGUGAGAAGCUAUUGGCCCAAUCCCAUCGCCCUACUCAGUUGGUCGGCCUCCUUCGGAGUCCUCCUCACGGCGUUGUCCAUGUACAAAGCCAGGGACGUUUUUGUGGAUCUCCCGGACGGGGGCCGAAGGCCCUUCUGCGAUCCCUAUGACGUCUUCUACAUGAUGUCAACUAGCCCAGCCUUGGCGCUUUGUUUGCUGAUUAACAUCACCUCGCAUUUGAUGUCCGACGUGUCUCACAUCAUCAUUCUGAAACAUAUCUCUGCCCUGGCUCGUACACUUUGCGACACCCUGAAGAUGAUUGUCAUGUGGCUUCUCGCGAAAGCCUUUUGGUUCCUGGCUAUCUUGCCACCUUUGGCGGAGGCCUGGCAUCCAGGCUUUUGGGGCUCGUGGCUGAUGAUCCCGGCCAUCCUGGCGGUGGUCUAUGGCAUGUUAAUGUUCAAGAAUGGGGUGUUCUUGCCCAUCGUCUAUGAGCCUGAUGAGACCGGUGUGCGGAGAUGGCAGGAAAGGAAGGCUGACGUCCUUGAGGAUGAGGAUGAAAUUGAGGAGAUUGCCGCCAACUUGGACGAUCCCUUCUAUAUGGCAGCCUUUCGAUCGAAGAAGCUCAAGCGUCGGAACCGGCGGAUGAUGCAGGCCAUCAAAGCGAACAAGAUGAUCGAAAAACUGAAAGGUGGAUCUCCGAAAAAUGAAGGAGGAAACUAG